AUGGCAACCGAAAACGGCGGUGCGACACGAGCCGCGCCUCAAGUGCAGUAUGUUGGACCAUACAAACUUGAGAAAACUCUUGGUAAAGGGCAAACUGGUCUUGUGAAAACGGGAACUCAUUGUAUUACGGGACGAAAAGUCGCGAUCAAAAUCGUGAACAAGGAGAAACUCUCGGAAUCUGUUCUGCAGAAGGUGGAACGAGAGAUUGCCAUCAUGAAACUGAUCGAGCAUCCAAACGUUCUUCAUCUCUACGAUGUCUAUGAGAAUAAGAAAUAUUUAUACCUGAUUCUCGAGCAUGUUUCUGGCGGAGAACUAUUCGACUAUCUAGUUCGAAAAGGACGGCUGAUGUCAAAGGAAGCGAGGAAAUUCUUCCGCCAAAUCAUUUCCGCUCUCGAUUUUUGCCAUGCGCAUAAUAUUUGUCAUCGAGAUCUGAAGCCGGAGAACUUGUUGCUUGACGAAAGGAACAAUAUAAAGGUGGCUGACUUUGGAAUGGCUUCCCUUCAAGUGGAGGGAUCGAUGCUGGAGACAAGUUGCGGCUCACCUCAUUAUGCCUGUCCGGAAGUGAUCCGGGGUGAGAAAUACGAUGGCCGAAAAGCGGAUGUCUGGAGUUGUGGUGUCAUUCUCUAUGCUCUAUUAGUGGGAGCACUUCCUUUUGAUGAUGAUAACCUACGAAAUCUUCUCGAAAAAGUGAAAAAGGGCGUCUUCCACAUUCCCCACUUUGUCCCUACAGAUUGUCAAAAUCUUUUGAGGUCGAUGAUUGAAGUUGACCCACAAAAGAGAUAUUCCUUAUCCGAAGUGUUCCGCCAUCCCUGGGUUGCAGGGAGCACUCGAAAUGAUCCCGAACUCGAGCUACCCAUGGCCCAAGUUGUUCAGACCCACAUCAUUCCCUCUGAAGACAGUAUAGAUCCCGAUGUUUUCCGACACAUGUCGAAUCUCGGAUGCUUCAAGGAUAAAGAGAAACUCGUUAGGGAGCUCUUGUCUACAAGACAUAAUACGGAGAAAAUGGUCUACUUUUUGCUGUUGGAUCGAAAAAGGAGGAGACCGGCACAAGAAGAUGAUACGGAAGUGGUGCUGAGGGGAGCCACUGUGAAUGCGGAUCCGCCAAGAAAAAGAACGGAUAGCAGCAGGGCGAAUAGAUAUGCUGUUGGUAGCAUAGCCGAUGGUAGCCCGAUCAACCCGAGGAAAACCUAUGGGAGAUACAGAAGUGGAAGACACUCCUCACUUGGUGGCUCACCCAAUGAGUCUCCACGAUCUUCUACAAGAGAUCUGUUCAAUUUCUCCUCUUCAAGCAACAAUAGUUUCUCUGCUAGAGGUUUUGAACCAGAGCGAAGUCGUUCGACGACCAGGAAUCAGAACAAUUAUCACUAUUACACGCAACCGGUCGAUCCACAAACUUUGGCUGAAGCUGCAAGACAUGUGAGACAAGCGAGGGAACAACAGGAGCGACAAUCAGCCGACCGACAACCAUCGUCCGAUCCUACAAGAACUUCUCCUCCAUCCGGUGUCCCAUCUCCAUCAUCCUAUACACAAACAGUCAACCCAAUGACUGAAUCGACACUCUCGAUUGGAACUGGAAUCACUUCGAACGCUUCUAGUACAAACAGUCUAAUCACAGGAAAUUCUCAAAAUCAACUUGGCUCCUCAUCAGGUCCUUGGAGAAUGAAGCUAUCGAAUAUCAAGAAUUCGAUCAUGGGAACACCGAGAUUCCAUCGGAGAAAGAUGAGCAAUGGACAAGAAAGUGAUGGGGAGGAUUCACAGAUGUUGGACACUACUGACUUGGUGAAAAAGUCAUGGUUUGGCUCAUUGACAUCGUCGAUGAGUGUGGAGAGGGAUGAUACUCAUUGUGUGCCUGUACAAGGGAGAACAUUGAAUGGGAUCAAAGCUGAGCUGAUUAGAGCGUUUUUGACGAUACACGAGUUGUCCCACUCGGUUGUCGGCCAAAACUGUUUCCGAGUCGAGUACAAAAGAGGACCAACGUAUGGCGGAAGUGUUUUUAGUCGAGGAGUCAAAAUGAAUGUCGACAUAAUCACAAGCCCCCAACAAUCACCAAGCGAACCACCAAUGUACGUUGUGCAAUUCUCUUUGCUAGCAGGUCCCGUUCGACGAUUCAAGCGCUUGGUUGAGCAUUUGAGCUCAAUAUUGCAGAAUGCCACGCAGCAGAGAUCGGAGCGUCAAGCCGCGCAACAGAUGAUGGUCCGUCCUCGUCGUCUCUCCGACUCGUCGGUGAGCAGUGCAUGCAGUGAUGGUGGUGGAGGAUCGGAGGGACUUUCCAUCCCACAAAGACAACCAGUGCAUGCCACCUCGUCAAUGGGUCCAACGGGGAGCUCUGGGAGAGAGAUGACCACCUCAUCUCUCUCCUCUCAUCUUCCCUCCCAUUUGGUGCAUCAAGGAUCUUCCGGACUUCUCACUCAUGCGGACAAGAUCGAGUCGCAAAUCCAAGUGGAACCGGUUCAAAACUCGUACAAUCGUCACUCAAGCUCGAUGAAGUCCGUUGGCUCAAAGAAAAAAGGCCAGGAUUAUGGUAAAUCCCCGAUUCCACAGCGACGCAACACCACCGCUGUGAUCAUUCAAUCGAGGCAACAAUUGUCCCGAUUUGCCUCCAAUCCAGUGGCCACUCUAUUGGGCAAAUCCGGGGAUUCUUCUACAGCUAAAACAAUAACAUCCGAUUCGAAUCCGAGUUCUCCGCGAUUCACCAACGCUCACCCAUUUGCCCAUUCCGAGCCGACGACCCCAAAGUGCCUCACCAUGCCCUCUUCUAAUCCCUACUCCGGCCGACCGAAUCUUUCUAUUAUGGGAACUCCUGAUCAUGUU